CGAUAUGUCAUAUUGUCACCAUUUUAUUAAUUAUUUUGCAUUUGCUUGAUUUCGGAUGUCGGUUUUUCAUAGAGUGAGUUUGUAGCCAUUGCAAUUUUUAAAAAAUAAAUCCAGGGUAAAUAGCAAAAUUUAAGAUCAUACAGGGAAAUAUCUUUAAAUUCUCCGAAAAUUUAAAUAUGAUUGUAAAUGCGGAUGAAGAAAAACAAAGAAUUCGGUGUUUUUUCGAUAUAUCCUUAGGUGGAUUACAUUGUGGAAGGAUUACAAUUGAGCUAUUUAAUGAUAUCGUACCGAAAACAGUUGAAAAUUUUCGAGCCUUAUGUACAGGGGAAAAAGGUUUGGGAAAAACGACGAACAAGCCAUUACAUUAUAAAAAUGUAAUUUUUCAUCGAGUUGUUAAAGAUUUCAUGGUUCAGUCAGGUGAUUUCUCUGCAGGAAAUGGAACAGGGGGUGAAUCAAUAUUUGGAGGAACUUUUGACGAUGAAAACUUUGAAUUAAAACAUGACAAACCAUUUUUGCUUUCUAUGGCUAAUAGAGGAAAAAAUACAAAUGGGUCUCAAUUUUUUAUUACUACGCAACCCGCACCACAUCUUAACAAUGUGCACGUUGUUUUCGGACAUGUUGUUGCCGGACAUGAUUUGGUAAGGCAAUUGGAGCAGUUACCAGUAGAUCGAAAUUCCCGUCCUUUACAAGAUGCCGUAAUUUCAAAUUGUGGACAGCUCGUUAAACAACUCAAAGUGAAAAAAGAUAAAAAAAAAAAGAAACAUGCUUCAUCCAAUGAUGAUAAUUCUUCUACAGAAGAAUCAGAUUCUGAAAAAAAAAGACGGAAGGAAAAAAAGAAAAAAAAGGACAAAAAGAAAUCAAAAGACGAAAACGUCGAAAAAGAAGAACCAGAUCAGGUCAAUCAGAAAGAAGACGAUAAUGAAACUGAAGAGGGAGAAAUUCAUCCAAUGGUAACUGUGACGAAAAUUGAUCCGAAUGAAAUACCGGAGGUUACAAAUAAAUUUUUAAUGAGAGGCGGUGAUAUUAAUAAAGAUAAUGAAUCAAGAAAGAGAGAGGACUCUGAAAAAAGAUCGCGAAAUCGGAGAAACUCGAGGGAGCGUGGCAAAAAUGGAGAUCGUGACCGUAGAGUGGACGUUCGAAGCUCAUUUGGUUGGUCAAAAAGAAGAAUACCCAUGUCCCGAAGUGGUCGAGCGAUCAAAGGUCGUGGGGUUUUUAGAUAUCGUACUCCCUCUCGUUCCCGUAGUCGAACAAAAAGCCAAACUCCUCCUCAUUGGAAGCAAGCGCAAAAGCGAACUAUUAAAUUUUCGGAACUUGAAAAAAUUGAGCAAGAAAAAAAAGAACGUGAGCGUGAAAUCGAAAGGCGUGUCGCUGAAAGAAAAAAAAGACAUGAAGAUUUAGCAAAAGAGUCUAAAAAAUCAUUUUAUGAGUUAUCGCAUUCAACAACAUAUGAUAAUAAGUGCAAAGAUUCGGUUGAACGGGAAAUGGAGAAAAAACAAUGUGAAGAAGAAGAAAAUUUAAGGGAACAAUUGAAAAGGCAAAACGAGAAUAAGGAAAAUCGUAAGUCAGUCGACAUGAACGCCUUAGAUUAUGAGGCACAAGGAGGAAGUGAUAACGAAGAUAUUGCUGUUGAUUCUGAAGUUAAGAAAAAGGAUAAGGGUGAUGUAGAUGAGAAGCAAAAAAGCAAAUCAAAAAUCAGAUCAGACGAUAAAGAAAAAUAUAAAAUCAAAGAAAAAGACAAAUCAAUUGAUACAUCGAAGGUAAGUGAGAAAAGUAGGAGAGAUCGAAGUAGAAGUAAAAGCAGGAGUCGAAAUCGUCGUACAAGUCGAAGUGGAAGUCGAAACCGGAACCGAGAUAGAAGAUCAAAAUCUACAGAUCGCCGUGAAAGGCGCAAUUUAAACUUUCGAUCCCCUAUUCGACGAGGUAAUAUAUCCAAUCGCCGUGAUCGAAGUUUUUCUGGUAGAUAUAGGCAAAGAUCACGUUCGUUUGAACGUCGUGAUGACCGUUGGAGAGAUAGGAAAAGAUCUAAUUCUAGAUCUCCUAAAAGAAGACGGGAUGAAAGCCCUCGCAAUAGAAGAUCACGAAGAUCGAAAACGCCUACUAAUCGAAGAUCUUCGCGUUCGAAAUCUAGAUCCCCAAAAACAGAAAAAAGAAAAGAUGAAAUUGAACGAAAUUCGCCUCCUAAAAACACUGAAGCUGAAAAGGAUAGAUUAACCAAGGAAAAAAUGUUGAAAAGAGCUGAAGCUUUGCAACUAUUUAAAGAUCACAUGAGAAAAGAAAUUGCCAAAGAGGAGGAAAAACGUGCAGAGAAGCUAAGACUUGAGGAAAUCGAAAAAGAAAAAACUGCUAGAGAACUUGAACAAUUAGAAAAACUUAAGCAAGAAACUUUAGCUAAACUAGAAGAACAUGAAAAGUUGAAACAAUUUACUGCUGCUAAAAAGAUUAUUGAAGCAGUUGUUAAUGUGGCCAACAAUACUAAACUUUCAACUCGAAAGAAACGUUCUAAAGAUAGCUCAAACGAAGAAAAUGAUGAUGAAAAAAAACGGGAAAAAAAGAAGAAAAAAUCUGACAAAACUAAAAAGGCUAAAAAACGUGCAAAGUCAUCAUCUCGUUCGAACUAAACUUAUUUAAUUAAAAGUAAUAUAAAUUGCUUGAUAACAUUUAUUUUAAUCAAAACGUAAAAAAGUCAGUGCUUAUCAAUUUUGAAUUAAAUAAAGAUAUUAAAUAAUA